GCUUUACUUACUCACGCCUAUAAUAUUUUGUUGACAACCUACGCUCUCGUUUGCUAACCAAUAUCAGCUUAUUUUAUUAUUUUGAUUCUAUUAUAAAUAAAUUCAGACUCAAUUGGGCAACAUGGAAUAGUCGAAGGAACAGAUAAGUUGCAGAUUUAUUCUUUGGGCCCUUCAGGGCCCGGGAAGAGGAUGCAUCGAGUGGACAAGGAGUUGCAGACGUCAGCGCGCAAGAUGAGCACAUCCUUGCUUUUUCAGCUCUCUGCUCAUGAAAGAGAGCUGGAUUUGGUGUUUCUGGACCACAGCUAUGCCAAACCGUGGAAUGCUCACCCAGAUGCCAGCAGCGCACGCCCCACGAGAACGCUUUUUGUUGCCCCUCGUCGCCAGCCGGAGCCAGCACCAGACUCUGAUUCCCUGAUAGACGUGGAGACAGUUACACCCACCCCUGUUCCUCUGUAUGAUAACCAUAAAGCUCUUAGUGUGAUGAAGGAGUGUGAGCGACAUGUUCUGUUUGCUCGAACCGUUGCUGAGAGCCCCCCGCCCCCGGAUGACUGGGAGGAGCACAUAAACAAGACAGGAUGGUCGGUGGCACAAAACAAAUUGUUCAACAAAGUCCUGAAAGCUCUACAAGCUGAAAGAUUAGCACGUCUCGCCAAUGAAGAUGCUUCUAAUGAACCAAUUUUAAGAAGGAUCGCUGUGGACAAGUGUGCCAGGAAGGUUCGACAUGCACUCGCCACUAUGAACUGGGACACCAAAUUGACGCAGUGGCUACACACCACUUUGAUUGAAUCUUUGAGCUUGCCGAUGCUCUCUGCCUACCUAGAUGUGCUGCAGACUCUCAAAAGCAAGCUGCCGUCGUUAAUAGACAGAAUGUUACUUCCGACUGCGAAGACUGGAGCUCCGAGUGCAGAGGCUCUGUCUCUGCUACUGAAACGUCCUUGGGAUCCGGCUGUUGGGGUUCUCUCUCAAAACAAGCCGAGUAAGCUUCCAGGAUCUCCUCUCAUCCUUAUUGCACCAUCAAGCCCGUCUAAUCCGGCUCUCGCCACAACGCGGCGGAUGAGGUUCUGGCAGUCACAGCUCUCCUGCUUGGGAAAGGUGAUCCCAGUGCACACUCACGUGAACAGUGGAGCCAGUAUUAGCAUCACUCAGUGUUUGGAGCACAUGCUAGGGACUGUAAGGGCCAAGGUCAUGGAGGUUCACAGUCACUUCCCUCACAAGCCCAUCGUCUUGGUUGGCUGGAACGCCGGCGCUCUCAUUGCUUGUCAUGUUUCUCUGAUGGAAUACCUGACUGCUGUGGUUUGUCUGGGAUUUCCUCUGAUGACAGUCAAUGGAGUUAGAGGGGAUGUGGACGACCCACUGCUGGACAUGAAGACUCCUGUGUUGUUUGUGAUUGGACAGCAUGCUCUGCAGUGCAACGCAGAAAGCAUGGAGGAGUUUAGAGAGAAGCUGAGGGCAGACAACAGCAUGGUGGUGGUGGGAGGAGCAGAUGACAACCUCAGAAUCAACUCAGCAAAGAUGAAGUCUGAAGGUCUUACACAAACCAUGGUGGACCGCUGCAUUCAGGAUGAGAUAGCCGACUUCCUCUCCGGUGUUUUAACCCGGUCAGAAGGUCAUGGGCAUGGAACGGGAGAGAUGAGGGACUUGGACACAGAGAAGAAGAAGCGGCCCAGGCGGGAGCUGCCUUUUGACAUGGAGAGAGGACGGCCUUCCUCCCCGGCUCUUAGAGUUCCCAUUUCCCCGUCGGGUUCUGAGGAUCUGUCUAGUGUCUGCAGCAGUCCCACAUCAAGUCCCAAACCCAAGAGUUCUGGACUGUCUCCAGCACAGAAGUCCAGUCUGAUCACAGCCACACAGCUCCUCAAGACUCACAUGCAGCGCUCGGGCACAGUGCUGUCUCACAAGCAGGCUCAAGCUCAGUUUGCUGCUUUUAUGAAACAAAACAUGCUUGUGAGGAAAAAUCUUCCUCCGGGCACCCCUCCUUGUAUUUUUGUGCCUGUAACCAGCGAUCAGAUGGAGAGCUUGGACAGAGAUGAACUGCGGACACAUGGAAAGAGGAGACAGACACCCAGUCCCACACUGAGCAAAGCGUCCAAGAGAGCAAAGAUUAAGGUCACCAUUGUUUCCCAAAGUGACUCUGCAGGAGGUAGCAUCAACCCUGCUGAAGUUGGUGUCUCUGGGAAGCCUUUAACGGUGGCAGUGGGACAGACCGUUGCUGGUGCCAAGGAGCUGUCUGGACUUCUGACCGGCCAGCGGUCUGGUAGCCUCUCAGAGGUGUCUGGUGCCCUGUCCCCAGGCUCCAGUUCAUUCAACAGUGUGCAGCCUUGCAUGAUGUCGGGGUCCUCCACACCCGUCCAGGUGCAAGCUCCAACUGCUGCCCAAGCAACUUCCGCCAGCAGUCUUCUACAAGGUCUAAGUUUCAAUCUUCAGGAGAUAGUCACCAAAAGUUCUAGCCUGCCCUCCAUAGCACCAGACUCAAGCAGCACUCAGGCAGUUUGUAGUAAGAGUCAGGGUCCGGUCCUGAGCUCCGUCAGCGCCAGCGGCAGCACUCUGCUGCGGGCUGUACCCGUGACCACCGCAGGAGGAGUGGCUAAAACUACUGCCAUCCAUCAGCUGCUCACCAACGGCGGCCUGGCCAAACUGGCAAGCAGCUUGCCUGGCUUGGCGCACAUCACCAAUCAGACCAGCGGAGGGCAAAAAGUGCCGACCUCUAUAACCGUGACCCUUCGAGGAGCACAGCCAAGUAGGGCAGGAUCUCUCAGCCAAGCUGGGGAAACGGUGACUGCAGCUCAAGCAGCUGACCCCAAGCAGUGAAAUUCUUGGCCUCACUGUUUCCAUGUGAGAGGUACAACUGACAUCCGAUGCUGCUGGGACUUCCUGAAAGAUGGAAAAAACAUGAGGAAGAGUCAAUCCGUGGUGCCCUUGAGGUCUAUCCAGUGACUCUGUUGAACUUUUGGACUAACAAACCACUGUUAACCUGUUUUAGGACUGAUAAACCUUCAUAAAUCUUGAGCACUGGUGUACCACAGGGUUGUGUACCCAGCCAGCCCAGUUGUUUCCUUUACAAUAUUGUUUUCUCGUCCACUAAUCCAGUGCUAAUGUGAAGUUUCCUGUGAAUGGGUGUCUUUUUUUUUUUUUUUUUUUGUUAGUUAGUUAGUUUGCUACACUUUUGCAAACUAACUGCAGGUCUGGUAGCCUCUCUAGAGCAGAUUUGGAGCACGACAUUGCAUUUCUAGACUGUAUGUGUAUGCCAGUUGCAAAAGAAAGAUAUAACUUGAAGAAAUUUCUUUCUUGCUGAGCUUCACUGCUGUCUGAACAUCACUGACAAGAAAAAAAUUAAACUAUAUUGGAAAUCCAUCAUGAAGUGCCAUUGGUUUUUGCGUCAAAAUAAAUAUAUCCCAAAUAAAAUA